GCCGUUGGGCAUGAUACGCUUGAACUCAUCUCUACGUCUGGCGUCGAGAAGACCCCGGUUUAUCAACAGCUCCCGUUUUCAGUUCUCGACCUCUUUUCGCGUUCAGAAUGAACGUCCCCCGCGCAAUCCGGAAGACGAGUUCACGGACAAGUUCAACUAUAAUCCAGAGGUAUCCUUCUCAGAGAGUGCAAAUCCGGAGCAUUUUCAUUAUCCUACGGUGACGGCGAAUGACCUGGAAUGCCGAGAGGUACCACCCACAGAAGUGCGGAUGCUCGUCCGAGACUUCAUCGAAGACUCUCUUUACAACCCUAACUAUGGGUACUUCCCUCGGCAAGCAGUCAUUCUCGAUCCCCCAAGCGCAGGCUUCGACUUCCCCUCCCUGCGGAACGUCGUCGACUUCGAGCAGAAAGUGAGCGAGAAGUACUUCUCGUACGGGUACGACACGAGUGGGCCGGGGAGGCAGAUAUGGCAUACGCCCACGGAGCUCUUCAAGCCAUGGUACGGCCAAGCCAUCGCCAAGUGUCUCAUAUCAGAGUAUCUCCUCAAGUACUUCCCGUACGAGGAUUUCGUGAUAUACGAAAUUGGUGCGGGCAACGGCACUCUUGCUUCGAAUAUCCUGGACUAUAUCCGCGACAAUCAUCCUGACGUGUACGACCGAACUCGGUAUAAUAUCGUCGAGAUCAGCGGCAGAUUAGUGGAGGUACAGAAGGAACGUCUUUCCGCUAGCCACCCUUGCGUCAGAGUGAACCACCAAAGCGUGUUCCAUUGGAAUAAACGGGAGCCUGCGCCAUGUUUUUUCAUCGCUAUGGAAGUUAUUGAUAAUUUUGCGCAUGACGUGAUCCGUUACGACCUUCGAACCCUUGAACCGUACCAAGGAUGGAUUGCGGUCGACCGUAAUGGCGACUUCAGCACUCACUACACUCGUGUGACCGACCCUCUCAUCGCUUCCUUCCUGGACAUGCGCGGACGGCUCAAGCAUCCCCCACCCAUUAAACCUGUGUUCCAAAAGUUCCCAAGCCUCCGCAAAGCGUACGCGAGCAUGCCGCUGGCGCCCAAUCUCUCACAAGAAGAAUACAUACCCACGCGGCUUCUAAGCAUGCUCCUCACCCUGCGCGAAUACUUCCCCCGCCACCGCCUCCUGCUCUCCGACUUCUUCUCCCUACCCGACACGAUCCCCGGGCACAACGCGCCAGUCGUGCAGACACGGUUCCGGAACACGACCGUGCCCUGCACAACGCUCACCGUCAAGCAGGGCUACUUCGACAUCUUCUUCCCCACGAACUUCGAGCGACUGCGCGAUAUCGGCUUGCCGGUCGGAGAGCGCAAGUCGAGCGUGUUUACGCAUGCGGAGUUUUUGCAGACGUAUGCGGACCUCGCGAACACGAGGUUGAAGAACGGCGAGAAUCCGAUGUUGGAGUAUUAUCAGAACGUCAAGGUGCUAUUUUGAUAGUAUCGCUGGGCAUCCUCACUACGUCGAUCUAUCGUAACACCGCUUGCUUGGAUCUAUACUCUCAUGAUGUACAGAUAAUAAUGAAAAGCCUCGCCCAGC